AUGUAACCCAAAGUGUGCCGGGGUGACCCGAGAAACGUUGAUCUUGAAUAAAUGUGUCCUUUUUUCUAUUGUUAUGGCACACUUCUGAAACUGUCAUCCUCAUGGCGAGAUCUGCUUGCUAGCUCCACCUCAAUCACUGCUCUUUCUUUCCUUCAUUCUGCCUUUUCUUUUCUUUUCUUUUCUUUUCUUUUCUUUUCUUUUCUUUUCAGGGAUGUACAGCCGUGGGGCGAGGAGAGGAGGCUGGAGUUUGGAGAGGGUGGGGGCCACAGUCUGAGGUGGGCUGCAAGGGGCCAGUCAGUGUUCUCAGAGUCACAGACAGAGCACACACACACAAGGAGCUGCGCCUCCCACACACCCGCGCACCAACUCACACACAGUCAGACGAAGAGGAAAGUGGAUGUGUGCAGGAGCAAUACCGCGUCUUGAUGCUUUCUCCGAGGCGCUGAAAACACACUGAGAGGGGAAGUGCUGGUUCCUCGACUCCACAUGCAUCUGAUCUGAGGAUUUAUCAUGCUUUAAUUUACACCGAACAACCGAGCAGCCAGUUUUCUCUGUGUGCGGAAUAAGUACUUUGCGCACGGCUUCAAAAAUGGGAACAACUAAAUAUCCCAGCGACAGGAAUGUACUGUUUUGCAAGAUGCUUCUGAAACUUAUACUUCUGGUGGUCGUGGCGCACAGUGCUUCGGGGAAGACUUUAAAAUACAAAGUUUUGGAGGAGCAGAGAGUUGGAACGGUGAUUGCCAGACUGAAAGAGGAUGUAGCCAGUAUAUUAUCCAAACUCCCGAGCUCCGUGUCACCGCGCUUCCGCGCGAUGCAGAGAGGCAGCACUCCUCUGCUCUCUGUGCGCGAGGAGGACGGAGAGAUCAGCAUCGCCACCAAAAUCGACCGCGAGAAGCUCUGCGAGAAAAACUUAAAUUGCACUAUCGAGUUCGACGUAAUUACGCUUCCCACGGAAUACCUCCAGUUGUUUCACAUUCAAGUGGAAGUGUUGGACAUCAACGACAACGCUCCGCAGUUCUCGCGCGCCAUAAUCCCCAUAGACAUAUCAGAGAGCGCGUCUGUGGGCACGCGCUUCCCUUUGGAUAGCGCGUUGGACCCGGAUGUCGGCGAAAACGCGCUACACACCUACUCGCUCACUCGGAAUAACUUUUUCAAAAUCGAUAUCAGGACGAGAACGGAUGGCGCAAAGUAUGCAGACCUUGUUGUGAUGAGAGAACUUGACAGGGAAACACAGUCCAGCUACCAACUACAACUCACAGCGUCAGACUCUGGCGUGCCGCCGAAAUCUGGCUCAACCCUGCUUAAAAUCAGCAUAUCUGAUUCCAACGAUAAUAGCCCGGUGUUUGACGAGCAGGCUUACGUGGUCAACCUCUUGGAAAAUUCAUCACUGGGGACGCUACUGGUGGACCUGAAUGCCACAGACCCAGAUGAAGGCAAUAAUGGCAAAAUAGUGUACUCUUUCAGCAGCCACGUGCCACCCAAAAUCCUAGAGACCUUUAAAAUGAAUCCAGAUAAUGGCCACAUCACUCUAAUUAAGAAAGUAGACUAUGAAACUACUUCCUCGUACGAAAUAGAUGUGCAGGCUCAGGAUAUGGGUCCCAACUCCAUUCCAGGCCACUGUAAGAUAAUCAUCAAAGUGGUCGAUGUCAACGACAACAAGCCAAAAAUCAACAUCAACCUUAUGACUCAGGGCAAAGAGGAGGUGGCCUACAUCUCUGAGGCCUCCCCCGUUGAUACCUUCAUCGCAUUAGUGCGCGUAGAUGACAGCGACUCAGGUCUAAAUGGUGAGGUUGUGUGCCGUCUUCAUGGCCACGGGCAUUUUCGCUUGCAGAAGACUUACGAGAACAACUACAUGAUUCUCACAAAUGUGACUCUGGACCGUGAGAAGCGCUCUGAAUAUAGCCUGACGGUGAUCGCGGAAGACCGUGGCUCGCCAAGCCUGUCCACCAUCAAACACUUCACAGUGCAGGUGCAGGAUGAAAACGACAACCCUCCUCGCUUCGAAAAGAGCCGGUAUGAAAUCUUCAAGUCUGAGAACAAUUCGCCCGGGGCAUACCUGACAUCGGUGGUGGCCACUGACCCAGAUUUGGGCUCUAAUGGUCAGGUGACCUAUUCAAUUGUAGAGAGCCAGGUCCAAGGUAGCUCUAUUUCAACCUAUGUGACCAUUGACCCAUCCAACGGGGCCGUGUAUGCGCUCCGAAGCUUUGAUCGGGAAGAAGUUGGCCGGCUUUCGUUCACCGUGCAGGCGCGGGAUGGCGGAGGCCCAGCUUCUCUGAGCAGCAAUGCCACUGUUUUGCUCACUGUACUAGAUGAAAACGACAACCCACCCAUCAUUGUUGCUCCACUACUAAUCAACCACACAGCUGAGGUGCCAUUAUGGCGGCACGCCGAGCCUGGUCAUCUGGUGACAAUCAUCAAGGCCACAGAUCGUGAUGCAGGGGCCAACAGCGAGUUGACUUGCUCCAUAGUUGGUGGUAAUGAUGAAGGACUCUUUGUUAUUGACCCACGCAGAUGUGAGUUACGAACCAACGGAAGCGUAGAGGCCUCUGGGCAUGAGGGAUUUGAUCUCACAAUCCUGGUACAAGACAGAGGAGCAUCAAUUCGACUCUCAGCAAGGGCAGUUCUGCACAUUAGCCUGCGGGACUAUCCAGAAAGCUACUCCCUGAACCCUUCAGACAUAAACAACCAAUCGACCCUAGAUGUGUCUAUGAUCAUCAUCAUCUCCCUCGGUGCCAUCUGUGGCGUACUUCUCAUUGUUAUGGUGAUGUUUGCAACCAGGUGCUCGAGAGAGCAGAAGGACCCAAGACACUCUUAUAACUGCAGAGUGGCUGAGUCCACCUACCAAAACCAUCCCAAAAAACCUGCCCGGCAGAUCCACAAGGGCGAUAUCACAUUGGUCCCCACGGUUAAUGGAACCCUGCCUGUGAGGGCCCAUCCUCGCUCCCCAUCAGCCUCACCUGCUCCAGAGAGUCGCCAGAGCCACCACAGCCGCCAAUCACUCAACAGCCUGGUCACCAUCUCCUCCAAUCACGUGCCAGAGAAUUUCGCCCUAGAGCUUGCUCAUGCCACACCACCUGUCGAGCAAGUCUCACAGCUUCUGUCCAUACUUCAUCAGGGCCAGUACCAACCCAGACCCAGUUUCCGUGGCAACAAAUACACCCGGAGCUACAGGUAUGCUUUGAAUGAGAUGGAUAAGUUCAGCCUGAAGGACAGUGGACGAGGGGAUAGUGAGGCAGGAGACAGUGAUUGUGAGAUGGGGAGGGAGUCUCCUCUACUUGGAGAAGGCUUCAGUGAGCUCUUCACUCCUGAUGGACACCACAGACUGCAUCCAACGAUGAAGCUGUGCACUGAAGAGUGUCGUGUCCUCGGUCACUCUGACCAGUGCUGGAUGCCUCCAUUGCCUUCCCCUGCCUCCUCUGAUUACCGUAGCAACCUCUACAUCCCUGGAGAAGAUCCCCAGCAGAAAGCCACCCCUGAAGCACCACAAUCUGGUGAGUCAACACUGAGGAAAAAGAGUUUCUCCACAUUCGGCAAGGAGAGCGAGGAGGGAGAGGGGGAGGCAGGUGAUGGGGAAGACCUGUGCGGAACAACUUCUCUGCUGUCUGAAAUGAACAGCGUGUUCCAGAGGCUCCUCCCCUCCUCGUUGGAUAAUUAUACAGAGACUAAUGAAACUGAAAAGGCAACAGCCUGUGCUGCAGGGGUAGGAUCAUUGGAAAGAAGGAAGGGCCACUUACCUGGUAAGCCAAGCCCUGCCACUUAUCAGCAGAAUGUGGCUGUUUGGGCCGCUAAUACACACUUCCAAAAUCCUGGACAUGGCCACGCCCCUACUAGUCACAUGACAGCCCUGGUGGCUCCGCUCCCCGCCCCUCUGCCAGCUCCCAUGGCAACAUCAGCGUCCUCUUCAAAAUGGCUCCCUGCAAUGGAAGAAAUUCCUGAGAAUCAUGAGGAAGACGAGUUAGAGUCUGUGCUCGGUCAUUUGCACGGAAAGCGCUGCGAUAGUCGCAGCGAAAUUAUGGACGCCAGCGAGCUGGUUGCCGAAAUCAACAAACUCCUUCAAGAUGUGAGGCAAAGCUAAAGACUAAACUCUGUCUCUCGCUCUCUACAAUAAAAUAAAACAUUUUUUAUAUGAGAAAAAAAAAAAAGAAAAACACAGAGACCUGCAAUUGUCGUUAAAGUUGCAUUUCUGGAUGUAAUGUGUUUUGUGAACGCUAAUUAUCCAAAUAAUGUUUGUAUUUUCUGGUUUUUGGCCACAGUGUACACAAUGUGAGUGUAUUUAUCUUUGUAUUUUAAAAAUACAAUUUGUAGUCUUUAUAUUUAUAUGUGUGUAUAUACCUAAGUUAAAAAAUGUAUAUAAAAGCUAUCAGAUUUCUAUUUUUAUAUAUGCAUGUUGAAAAAAUAAUCAAGAUCAACAUGCCUUGGUGUAAAUAUUCGUAUUUAUUAAAAAAGUUUUCUUUUCUUUCUUUUUUCAGUGGUAUUGUUAUAUAUGAGCAUAAUAUAAGUACAUGAAUAUUAUUGAGUAUGUGUUAUUUGGUGGGGUGGGAAAGGUACUGAAAGCAUGUUUUAGGGGUGGGAGUGGUAUUUAUAAUGGUGUAUACUUUGUGCCAACUUCUGUUUUACAUUAAACAAAUGACAAAAUAAAGAGAUAUGAAGAUAUGUCAAACAUU